UCGCGACGCGACCCUUCGACUUUGGUUCUCCCGCGCGCGUUCCGCGCUCCGCUAAUACCGGUGGUACUUACCAUCGUUCCGAUCACCGAGUCGAUUUUUUUAACGUACCGGUCAUUGCACAGUGAUAUCUGUUCAGAGUUCUAUUCGAACAGGGGCGAAAGCGUCGUCGUCGUCGUCGUCGUCGUUUCGUUUCGUUUCGUUUCGUUUCCCGUUUCCCGUCACGGGUGAUGUGUGCCGUUUGUCGUAUCCCUCGACCCGUUUCCGUAGGAAUUACGAACAAGUGAUCCGAGGGUAACAGACCAGAGAGAUAUCGGAUGUUACGCACAAUCAUGUACAACAAUUUAUCAGGAAUGGCUUACCUCGAAGUAAUCUUAUUUUUAUGUUCGAUGGUCACUUUCAUGGUCGGCAAUUGUGAAACAAAGUCAGAAAAUAGUAACAAAGAUGUAAACCUGCCAGGGUUCCUAUCAGAGUUCAAUUUGUCCGAUAUAGGGGCAUCCGUAGAAAACGAAGAGUCAUUGAAAAAGCUAGUGAAAAGACUGGCACCGGAGAAGAAUGGCGAGUACCAAGUUUAUCAAGUCUUCUUCGGCAACGCGGAUCUUCUCAAGGAAUGGCUCAAAGGAGCGGGCGUUACCGGACAGCCCGGGGUAGAUUUCCCAGCUCUUACGUCGAUUCCGGCUACCUCAUUUAGCUGCCGAGGCCUAAAAGGUGGUUACUACGCGGACUUGGAAACGAAUUGUCAAGUAUUCCACAUUUGCGACAACGGACGGAAGAUAUCGUUCCUAUGCCCGAACGGUACCAUCUUCCAGCAAUCGCAGCUAAUAUGCGAUUGGUGGUUCAAGGUGGACUGCAGUAAGUCCGCGGAAUUGUACGAGCAGAGUAGCGAACAGUUCCUCGAGGACGAGAAACGGCGAGCCGAGUCACGAAAGCCGAGACCAGACUACCAGCAGUCGAUCGAAGGGGAACAGCAAGAUUACUACGACGUGCAGAAUCUCAAUUACGACGGUAAACAGAACGGGAGGAUCCAACCGUACGAGGAGCCACCGCAAGAGAAUCAAGUGCAACCGAACAGAGAGAGACUCAAACCAUCCCGACACUACGACUCGGGCAAUAAUUUCAAUCAGGAAUCAAAUGCGCAGAAAGAGGGUAAUCAACUGUUCGAGUCCAACGGGUUCCAACCCAAACAGUCUUCUAAUUUGAAGCAGCAGUUCAGUCAAUACAGAAAUACCGAGGAUGGAAACGUCAACAGACAUUCAACGACCAGUCAGGAUUAUUAUAGUACACCGAAGAAGGCUCAGAAUUAUAACGUCGCUAACAGAAACCAGAAUAAUCAACGGGACGACAAAGGGACGCUAAAGAAGUUAAAGUUCAAGGGUCUGACAAGGAACAGUACUCUCCCCGCUACUAGACCCACGCCGGCUUAUACAGAAUCGACGACCUUCAGAGCGAGCAAUACCAGCCCUAUAAAAGAGUCUCAACAAUUCGCGGAGAGCGCGGCAUUCGUCGGCAGAUCUAGGAAUCGGUUCAACGAGAACACUGGCAAUACGCAUCAGUAUUAUUAUCAAGUGUACAUUAAUCGGGAUUCCAGCACGCGAAGUCCAAACUACGAUUCCACCACGUGGAGGCAGGACAACGAAAACGACGUCUCCACGCAGAGACCCGAUUUCGUUCCUUACACCGACACAUCUUCUACACAGUACGAGACGACUACAGUCCCGUGCAACGACGAUAUCACCACGGAGAACAUAUUCUCGUCUACUAACUUCGAUACACAAUCCGUGACCGAGUCUCUCGAAUUUGCGAACAGUAAUUACGAGUAUCGUGGGAACGGAAGACAAACAGCAAACGUUCGAAGUAGUUUCGUCGAUAAGAAUACUUAUAAUACCAGAGAAUCUAGUAGAGUGGCUAAUGUCAAAGUAGGAACGAUUCCUUCGACGACCCGCUCGUAUGCGACUACCGAAGUCUAUCGCCAGAACACUUUAACACCGAGUUCUUCGCAGCAAAGGUACACGACCAAUUAUUUUUCGCCUACACCGACUGCGUCUUUUCGCAGCAACAAUUUCGGACGUACUACUGAACGGCCAGUAACUCGAAACACGAACAGCAAUCAGUUUAAUAAAUUCAAUAGCGAUACCAGAGGAAGUAAUAAGAAUCCUUCUACGGCAUCGCCGGGCUAUCGACAAAACCUCGUCAGCUCGACCACGGACAAGCCUAGAACCACCUUGGCUUACCAACCGAAUACCGUGACGGAAAAGGAUUUGAGUCCUUAUGAUAGAAGUUUUACGUAUAAACAGGGCAAAGUGAUGUCUACAUUGGGUCCUUACGUUCCUUUUACAAAGAACUACGCCAGUACUACUUCUAAGCCUGUUCCAUACACCCCCACCGUGCCUACUUACACCACAACUUACACUUCGCCAAAACCGAGACUGAAGUACCCCGCCCCGACAUCUUUGAGCAAAAUCAAGCCGAACGCGGGCCGUCUGUCCGAAAGGGAACACGCGAUCAGUAUGUUGAACUCUCUCAAGAGCCUAGAGAACAGCGUGCCCAGUUUAUCCGACGCAUUAAAGGAAACCGACAAGACUUUCAACGUUUCCGUACCACCGGCAGUCUCCACUCUGCACUCGUUGGCUUUGUAUUUCUCCACAGCCACUGAGAACUUUGAUUCGAAUGAAACAACUGACUCACCCAUAGAAUCCGUGGAGGUUGUACAGAAAUCUAAAAAGACUAACGAAGCGGUAAAAGUUCCGGCUACCAUUCUGACGCAGCACACUCUCAACUCGUACGCUGAUUUAUUUAAACUGAACGAUGCUGCGGAGUCUAACAACGUGACCAUGGAGGAUCGUUUGGACAACUCGAAUGGAUACGACGAUUACGAAGAUGACCUGGAGCUUCAACAAAGCGGGGGAUCGUUGGACGAUCUCCGAAGAUCGAACAGCACCAGGCUUCGAGAAUUGGCGCAAGUGUUCACUCAUGCUCUGUCUGCUUAUUUGCUGGAUCCAGACGCGUUCAAAAAGGUCCUCACAGAAAUCAGACCUACCGAGCCGUCUCUUAGUACGGAAGAAACUGACGAAUGGAAAACUACCACGGACUAUCCUUUCGACGAAAACAACACUUUGUUGAUUAGAGAAAGAGACGAAGUCCUAGAUUACUCUGAAGACGCUAACGACAUCAGACAGAAACUGACGACUAUUUAUCCCACCACGUUCGAACCUCCCACGACUACGGAAAACGUUUACGACACUUUGAGCACGUUGCCUAGCAGUUAUUACACUACUUCUAGAACUUCUUCACAAGACGUCUUCGAACAUACCACAGACGCAGCUAAUACGUAUGCCGAGACUACUUUGCCUCCAACGGAGACUACAAUUACCGUAGAACAAAACAGUACUCCGUAUGAAAGCGACUCGAGCAGAUUUCCUAAUCAGAACAAUAUGGAAUCGACAGCAACGGAUAAUUAUGAUAGCUCCGAAGACGUUGGGGCACAGAAUCGAGUCGGUGGGUUCCAAAAUAACAGCGCCACGACGGUCACCGAAUCGUACGAAGAGAAAUUAUUUGCUAUCACCCCCGCGAGUGACAAUUACGUGGUCUCGCCUACUCCUUCUCCCCCCUUGAUGCACAUGCACAUGAUUAAUUUCAAUUGGAACAAGAAAUCAUCGAGCAGGAAGCCCGAACAGCAAUUGACUCCUCCAUUCUUCGACACCUACUUGGAAUCGAUUCGAAAGGAUAACAACAAGAUUCUGGCGUCCUUAAAUCCAGAGAAUUACCCUAGUACUCCGAUCUCAGCGCACAGCACCCGCGCUACAACGUUAGGCUCUACCAAAAGCUACGAGACCUCGACUAUUCAACCUCGUAAGGCAUCCCGUCAUAGAUCGCAGUUAUCCGAGUCAAAAUCAAGCGGAAUUUCACGAAGUAGCCACGCGAAUCUAAAAAAUGUUCACAAUCGCGUAGCCGAGACCACCGAAAGACCAGAGAAAACCUCAACACUCAGGAUUACUGAACCGGUGCCUACGACCACUAAUGGAGAUGUUACACCUUGCGAGAACACUGACUCCAGCGAAUCCUUCGAAUCAAAUAACGAAAAAGAGACUAAGGACAGCGAUUACUGGACUUCGUCGCCAGCUGUGACAAACUUAUGGAAGACCUCUGUGUUCGUCGAUCCUCAGAGGAUUAAUCACGAUUUAGGGCCGGACUCCGGCUCGACCGUUACCUCGGGAACGUUCGCCGUCACCGACAGCCAGGAAUAUGGGAACACGCGUUCCGUGGGUGAAGACAUAUCCAGCAGUUCGGAAGAAUCGUUCAUCGACGACGAGGAUCUGCCACCUCCUGCCCAGAGAUUAUCUAGAGACAAGGACUCGCCUACUACGUUUUCUUUGCUACCAGCGUCAUUCGUCGCUGACAGUACAGUGACACCGAGACCGUUGAUCACUACGAAGUCCAGCAUCACUACUACCAUAACUUCCAGCAUCACGUCGACGAAAGCAUUGCCACAGGAAAGUCUAGCGACUUUAUUACCGCAGGCGGCGUUGAACGGAACGGAAAACGAAAUCGCCGACAGACUGUUCGGAAAACUAAAUGUUUCGAGCACUAACACGCUGAUGAGGGUGAUGAAAGAGGUAGAUAGCAACGAGACUGUCAGGCAGCUGGUGUUGCUUCUAAUAAGACACUGUAGCGAUCCGACGAACAAAACGAUGCAACGGGAGAAAGAUGAAUUGCUGAACGCGUUGCUUAAAUUACCCGUGAGCGAGUUCUCCUCCGAGGAGUCCAGGAACAUCGUUGCUGGGAUUAAUCAGCUGAGCGCGCCAGUCGUUAGGUCGACUAAUCACGUGAGAAGCACUACUCCGGUGGUGGUCACAGAACCCCCGGUGACUACGUUCAGAAGUAGGAAAAGUCGAAAAUUCCGAACUACCACGGAAAGUUCGGCAAAUAUUAUAAGACGGUCGGAGAAGGAGGCCGCGACGGAUGGGAAUAAUUCCUUGCAGGAGGACGAGGCGUCCGCAUCGGACAACAGGGCUUUAGAGCUACUCAGAUCAUUGUACACGAUAGCUACUAAAUGGGGUUGAAAUUGAAAGAUAGUGUAGCGGGGAUCGUCUUUUAUCGAUGGGGCCUGAACACGAAUUUUCUUUCUGAAACGUGUCAUUUCAAAUAAUUGAUGUUACUUUAGUUUGCUUAGGGACAACGGGACGUCGUAAGACGCAACUGUUGCAGGUCAUAGCUUUUCAAUUAAUCUGAAAUAAAAAUGUCAGGGGAACGAUUAAAAAUACAAAAACUAUUUUUUUGUAAAUGCAAAAAUAUUUGCUUGCUUGAAAUGUUUAUUGCGAGACAACUUGUAACAGUUAUGUAAAUCGUUCUAUGUAUCAAUAGUCGAUUUUUCGAUGUAUUAAGGAAUCCAAUUGAUUGAAUCGAUCAAUUGGAAAUAUUUUUAAUUAUACCCUUAGAUCAUUCUUGCAGAAUCUGCUUCUCGAUAUGAUUUAAAAGAUCUGAUGCUGAGGAACUGAAAUGUUUCUGUGGGUGAUGGGAACUCAAUAUGUACUUAUUAAUAAUUAAUCUGAUGAAAAUACAGGAUGAUCGUAAAAUCCCUGUACAUUUUUUGAAAAGGUCUAAAUAUAUUUUCAAUUUAUCUUCAGUAAUAGUCGAUUACAAUAACUGUCCAUGGUAUCAACAAUGUACCAUAUCUAUUUAGAUGGUUAAAUGUAAAUUAGAAAAGAAAAACGUUUUAUGCAGAUGCCUUAUUCAGAAAAUGUAUCGGGGAAUAUUGUUUCGUAUUUUUCCUCGCAAUUUAUACACACGGAAUUUCUCAAAGAUGUGAUGUAAUGGGAAGACAUUACGGCAUUAUAAUGAACGACUCCCGAUUAAUUUCAUUUGAAAUGCAUACGCGUCAUGGACGAAUGGCUCGGUGGAACAAUGAAAUUCUUUGGAAUUCGCUCGUUAGAUUGUAAAUUGAAUACUCUCUCUUAAAACAUACAUAUAUCACUGGAGGCAGCUUCACAAGCUAAAUGCUCAGCUGCAUGGUACUUGGUACCUCUCUCUCACAGCACGGUAUUGGCUACAACACUCGCCUUACUUGUCAAUAAGCAAUGAGAUAGCAAAGCAAUUUGAUAGAGAAAGGUGCAGGCGAAUCCGGUGCUGCGAAAAGAAAGCAGCAUGUAGAAUCUGCAUUAUAGAUAAAUUGCAUUUCUCUCUUUUUAUGAGUCUGUCUACUCUACACUUUUGACAUAUAUGGAAACUGGCUCCAGUAUGUAUGCUCCAAGUACUCUCUACUACGUAUUGCACCUGAAAUCGUAACAGUAUUAAAUCGUAUAUCGUGCAUGUACCUACGAAAUACACUGUACCAUAAUUGUUAUCUACGUGCAUCAAACGAAUAAGGAUUUCGAUGUCCUAUGUUUACCUCGACGGGAGAUAUGAAUUUGUAUAUCUAACUGUAUUGCAGUAUACAUGUAUAAUUUUUAAGGAUCGCGAAAUAUUAAUCGCUUCCUUCAGGAAGGAUUGGGAACUCGUAAAUUUAGAACUCGUUACAGCAAAAUUAUUACUUGGGAUCGCUUUGAAUCUUGGUGCUGGUGUGCUUUUAUGUGUCAGGGUAUCACUGUAUGUUAAAAGAGUAACAAUUUUAAGGUACGAGACCCUUGUUCCGUCCAUAAUGUUUCAAUAAAAAUCUUACUUCCGGAACUGUACUUCUUAUUCUGUACGGAGAAGUACAACACGUUCCUUUAUGUUUUCUAACAAAGUUUUCUACUUUAUUUUAAAGAUCGUUUACAUUCGAUUGUAACAAUUGUACUUCGUAUCAAGAGUAUUAAAAAUCGGCGCCCGAUACUUAAGUUGGCACAGUAACAUAUUAUGUAAAAUACAUUUGUACAGAAUGUGAAUAAAUAAAAGAGGGUUUUGUUAAUGUUUA